AUGCCGCUUCGGAGCGAUCCACGAGUCCGUGCCAUCGUGAACGACGUCGUCCCCUCUCGAGACGCCCAACGAGCCAGCCUUCACAAGUGUCUGGUCUUCCCCGAAGUACCACACAUCCCCGUUGUCUCCUUUGGCGUCAAGAAUUACGAGCAGCUGGGCAAAGUCUUCGGCGUGUGCAACUUACCGAACGGGCACAAAUGCGCCAAUCACAAGAAGCCCGCGAAGGUCCAGUUGUCGGACGCCGACAUGGAGCAAGUCCGCGUCAAAGUGGCUGAGCUCGACCCGCCUGCUCAGCUCGGCGGCCUGGUGUACUUUGGUGCGCAGACAACGUCUCAACGCGUUACAAGGUCAGCUGCGCGCGAUGGGCCAGCUACGCUAUCCACGAUGGUAGAUGCGUUCAUCUACAUCAAGGACGGCGACAUCCCCAUUACCAUCCCGCUCCUAUGCACAGUAGUGAGCGAUGACUUCCUCAAGGUGUACUUCCGGCAGCCGAUCACUAGCGAGCUGCUGGGAUUCCCACUGAAGGGCGGCAGCGAGAUCCCUUUCGAGCACUACGACACUCGAUUGGGACGCUUUGUGCCAUACCCGCCCGUUCACGAAGUGCGAUACUUCCCGCGUCGUGACGUCCUAGUGUACAGGCGGACCAACGUGCUCCAUUGCCCUGGAGUCGUGCAUCUCGCAGCCACCGGGCGUGUCCUCGGCGCUCGCCCUUUACCCUCUCUCCUAGACCACCUACUUGCCCAAGGGACCCAGUCUAGCCAGGCGUUGUCGCCGCCACCCUCGCCUGCAGGUUCCGAGCUGUCUCUCCCCAGCGACGGCUUGGAGAUCAAUUACUCUUCGCCAGGUCGAGUCCUUAGUUCGGCUCGCAUGUUCUCCCAGACGCCCAGCAGCCCGACGACCGAAGGAGGGAGCGUCUCAGUCGGGCGCAAGAGGAAGCGCGAAGAAGAAAGCGUCCCACCGCGUAAACGCUCUGCGAAGGGGAAGGAGCCCGCGCAGGCAAACGCGCAGGCAAACGCGCAGGGAGGCAACGCGCAGGGAGGCAACGUGCAGGGAGGAAACGUGCAGGGAGAAGGAGUGGCUGGAGGGUCGCGUAAGGUGACUUGGCUGAAGAUCGACGACGAGAUCAUGAUGCGCCUAACUUAG